AUGUCAUCCACGGCGCACUCGCCUCAAAAGAUCAAGCUCUGCGAGCAUGUCUUGCUCCAGCACUUUGGUCCCAUCGCUGCCCGCGUCGGCGCACUCCUACUCAAGCGCGGCCGCUUGACCAUUCGGGAGAUCGGUCGCUUCCUCAAUCAGGCACCUACACGAACCAAUCGCGGCCCCACCGACCCUUUCUCCAACAACAGCGCCAUGCACAGCAAAUCCACUCUAGUUUCAGCGCCCAUCGCAGGCGCCAGCUCCAGCUACGACACCAAUGACCCUAAUGCUCCUGUGCCGGUUCCGAGACUACUCAUCGAGCAGACCAUCAUGAUCCUCAUCCAGCACGGCUGCGCAUGGCACAGCUCCACCGAUCCCAACGUUGCCGAUCCCAACCAAGAGUUUUUCGAGAUCAACAUCAACGAGGUGCUCCUCCGCCUCCGCUUCGGAAGAUACAUUGGAAUCGCAGAGGACGAGCUCGGAGACACAGCGGCCAGGAUCGUCAAACUCGUCUUGCAACAUGGAAAACUGCAGGCCAGCGACAUCAUUCACCGUGUCGCUUCCGAAAUCGAUGCUCAACGUCAUGCAGCGUCGCUAGCCCACGAAGCUCACCUCAACGGCAACGCACCCAAUGGAACUGCGAACGGAUCUCACAAGCGCAAGCUCGACGCACUAGAUGAAACAACGCCUUCGCAAUCCGAAGUAGCUCGUCAGCUCACUGUCCUGCUCUACCGAACUUACCUGCGCCCAAGUACGGCCCACCAGCACGUGUCUCCCCGAGAUAAGGAGAUCAAAUACGAAGCCAAGAAGCGUCGCGACUUGCGCGGCAUCCCCACACCCAAAGAUUUGCAAAGGAUCAGAGAAGAGGUGCGCGCUCAAAUCGCCGAGGAAAGAGACGCAGAUUGGGAUAGCUCGGCGGCCACCGUCACACUCGGAGCCGAUGGGCUGGCAGCAGAUCACCGCGAGUCACGGCGUGGCUUGCUACGCAAACAGCAAAGUGCCAUUGCCGUCGCCAGUGCGGCCAGCAAGAGCAAACGCGCCAAGACCAGCUCCAGGGAUAAGAAGGGCAAGGACAAGGGGAAAGAUAAAAACGGCAUCAACGGUGUUCACCCCUCGUCCACCGCAGAUGGUUUCGACCCAGCAGACGAUUUCGAGAUCGAUCCCAACAUCUACUUGCGAGUCCACUUCGAUCGCUUCGACGUCCACCUUCGUGACGAAACCAUGAUCGACGCGGUACGGGAAAAGUACAACAACACAGCCGCCCAAGUGUUUCGCCAUCUCAUCCAUGCCGGUGACGCCUCCACCAGGAAAUCGGUACGCGACGUCCGCAGUGCGCCCAUCUCGAUCACCACGUUGGCGCACAAGCUUCCCUCGGACCUGUCGCUGCAAAAAGGUUUUGAUCGUCGGUCUUUCGGCAAAGACAAAGCCUCGCUGCCGAGCCGACAAGAGUUUCUGGCUGAGUACUGUUCGAUCUUUUCACACUCUGAAGACGUUUCUGGCAAAUCCAAGACGUCGAGGCUCAUGGCUCCUGCCUCGGACAGCACCACCAAGACUGCCGGUGGCAGUAAAGUGGCUUCGUUGCUCACCAUCGAGUUUAGCAACGUCGCCGAACGCAUGCGCAGGGAUUUGCUGCGGAACGUCAUCGAGGAGAAGUUUGGCACCGCUGCGAUCCGCAUCAUGAACAUUCUGCGCGAAAAGGGCAAGCUUGAGGAGAAGCACAUCUCCAAACUUGCCCUCAUCUCCAUCUCGGAAACGCGCGAUCUAUGCUCCAGACUCUUCCACGCUUCGCUCCUGGGGCUGCAGGAAGUGCCUAAGACUAAAGACCGCGAUCCGGCAAAGACGUUCUUCCUGUGGUUCGUCGACGAAGCCAAGUGCCGCGCGUGGCUGCUGGACCAUCUCUACCAGAGUCUGGCCCGGCUUGGUCAGAGGCGCAACAAGGAGAUGCGCAAACAGAUCGCCUUGCUCAGAAAAGUGGAGAGGAGCGAUGUCAAGAUGGACACCGCCGGGUUGUUGACCGAGUGGGAGAGGGAGAGCUGGACGCGCUUGCAGAGUGUGUUGCAGACGCUGACGGUGGCUGAGAUGCGGACCGAGAUGGAUGUGUUUGUCAUGCGCGAUUUGGCAGCGGGCACGUAUGUUAAGGAUGAGUGA